AUGUUGUGCGCAAUUUCGGGCGAGGCACCCCAAGUGCCAGUGGCCUCGCGUAAGAGUGGAAAUGUCUACGAAAAGCGGCUCAUCGAGGCAUAUAUCAGCGAGAACGGCACAGAACCCACGACCGGAGAGACACUUUCCGCAGAGGACUUGAUCGACCUCAAGAGCCCUCACGUCGUUUACCCACGUCCUCCACAGAUGACUUCGAUACCGGCUAUGCUAUCAUUCUUCCAGAACGAGUGGGAUGCGCUCGCUCUUCAGACAUACACCCUACAGCAGAAUCUCCACCAAGCCCGGCAAGAGCUUAGUACUGCACUCUAUGAGAAUGAUGCGGCGGUUCGAGUCAUUGCUCAAGUCACUAAGGAAAGGGAUGAAGCUCGGGCUGCAUUGGCACAGAUCGACAUUGGAAGAGGAGCCUCUGCGACGACGAACGGAGAUGCUAUGCAAGUGGACAGCGCACCCUUACCGCAGCCUAUCGUGGAGAAGAUCGAAACGACACAGGCCAGUUUAUCCAAAACUCGUCGGAAGCGACCGGUCCCGGAGGAAUGGGCAACUGCGGAUGCGGUAUCGACGUAUUCUCCAACGUUGACGUCAGAACCAUUCUUCCCUGGCGGAACUGUGCUUGCUGUACACGGGUCAGGGGAUACGGCGCUUGUGGCAGGCAGCAACGGUGCUGGAGGUAUCGUUUCGCUUUCAGAAAACAGACUCAUUCACUCUCUCAACCUCGGGAAAGGGUCCGCGACCAGCGGGGUUUGGGCCCACGACAGAGCAGUUGUUGCAACUUCCACUGGGUUGAUCAAGGUGUUCGAGAAGGAUCGAGAGGAAUCGUCGUUUUCAGCGCACACAGGAAGUGUGACGGCAGUUGCUCUCCACCCGAGUGGUACCAUUCUGGCCUCCGUUGGCGAAGACCGAUCAUAUGCUCUUUAUGAUCUCGAAUCGGACAAACAGCUUACCCAUGUUCACAGCAAUUCAGCCUUAAAAUGCGCCCAAUUCCACCCAGACGGUCACUUGCUAGCCGCUGGCGGCUCAGAUGGCCAGAUCAAAAUCUUUGAGCUUAAGUCUGGCGCAGAAGCGGCCACUUUCGAGCUGGAAGGUCCCGUCGAGAGCAUCUUCUUCUCUGAGAAUGGUAUAUGGGUCGCAGGAGUCGUCAAGGGGUCAUCGGCAAUAUCGAUAUGGGACUUGAGGAAGGCCACGGAAAUCGCAGCCAUCGACACCGGAAGCACCAUCAAUUCCAUCAGCUGGGACUAUACGGGGCAAUUUUUGGCUGCCGCUGGCGAGCAAGGAAUUACCGUCCAGCAUUACGCUAAAGCAUCGAAAGAGUGGUCGGAGAUUCUGAAGCGAGCGACACCUGCAACCCGGAUUGCGUGGGGCAAGGAUGCGCAGAGCCUCGUCUCUGUCAAUGGAGAAGGAGUUAUCACCACUUUGACUGCGGGCUAG